AUGACAAUUACGCAUAAUUCACCUAGAACGAGUAAGGUGGAAGAUGGGAAGACGCCUGUGCAUAAAGUAGAUUUGGAUACAAUCUUAGUGCAGGAGAUUGGACAAUUCGGUUGGUACCAGUUCAGAACAUGGCUGCUAUCUGUCGUCGUGGUUAUAUUCGCUGCCUGGGCCAGCAGUGAAUACGUGUUUACUACGGCCCGAUGCUUGAUUCCUGAAUGCGAAGGCAACGAAGACAGUGUAGAGUUUGCACCACCUUGGAUAUUGAAUGCCGUUCCUGGUACAAGUACCAGUUCAUUCGACGGCUGCCAACGGUACGCUAAUGUUUCUGCCAGAGUUUUCCAAAAUACUUGCCCUGCAAACCUAUUCAAUAGAGACAGGGUUGUUGAUUGCGACGAAUUUGUGUAUCAGAAUACAGAUACUGUCGUUUAUGAUUAUGGCUUAGCGUGUGACGAAUGGCGGCGUUCAUUAAUCGGCUCAGUAAGGACCAUCGGUGUUCUGACAGCGCUACCCAUCACCGGUUUUGUGUCGGACCGAUGGGGACGGCGCGUGGCGCUCACUAUCAACGCAGUCAAUACCGCCUGGCUUGGCACUGUUCGCUAUUGGGCUGAUACUUACAUUGGCUUCCUCAUUUCCGAAGUGGCUGAAGCCACGUUUGGAUCUGGUGGCUUUACUUGCGCGUAUAUCUUAGUGAUGGAACUCGUUGGACCAAAAUUUCGGGUAGCUGCCGGUGCCUCUAUGAACACUUUCUUUUCCAUCGGUCAAAUACUAAUGGGUCUGAUUGCAUGGGGUGUGCCCAACUGGAGGAAUUUCACGCUUGCACUCUACGUUCCGCAAUUUCUUACCAUUUCCUAUUUUUGGAUUAUUUCGGAAUCCGUGCGCUGGUAUAUGAGUAAAGGCAGAUACGAGCAGUCCGAAGCAAUACUUAAAGAAGUUGCUCAGGUAAAUAAGAAAGAGUUAUCUGAGAAAUCGUUGGUGGCGUUGAGAAGAACCGCUGAAGAGGAGAAAAUACGCCAAGCCACAGAAAAAGCAGCCAAAGAUUUCUAUGCGGUAUCUCUGACUCUCUACUUGAUUGGCAAAUACAGCAUCGCCGUGGUGAUGACAUCGGUGUACGUGUACACAGCUGAGCUCUACCCCACCAAGUAUCGUCACAGUCUGUUCGCCUUCUCCUCAAUGAUGGGUAGGAUCGGAUCGAUAGUUGCGCCACUAACGCCAGCGUUUGCUGCAGCAACCUGGGAUGAUCUGCCUUUUGCCCUCUUCGCCGGGUUUGCCCUAUUAUCUGGAUUGCUGGUGCUCAUCACUCCAGAGACCCUGGGCUCAAACCUACCUGACACUAUGGAGGAAGCUGAACAGCUUGGCAGAAAAAAUGAAUCUACGUGA